AUGGAAGUUGGGCGACUCCUGAGAGCCACGCUCCACGCGGGUUUCGUUGCGCCGGGGAAGUCCGCGGCCUGCAAUGCCCAGCAACGCACGGUCAACGGAGUCCAGGCCGAGGGAGUCCUUCCCGCUGGCGCCCAGUCCCGACGCCCCAAGCAAACAAGCGCGGUGUUUGCGGAGCGCGCGGCGGGCAGCGUGGCCCAAGAGCGACGAGGAUUCAAUGGAGCCACGGGCCAGCGGCAGGGACGACGAAGCCGGGGCGGGCGCGGAGAUCGAUCCGUCGCAGCUGUCGCGGAAGAGCCCGGGGAGCAUCCACGCCGCGGGCCCCGGCGCCCCCGACCGCGCGCAGGGAUCCUGGGACCCUGGGCCCUCCAGGGGCGAAAGCCCAAAGUCGCCGCACCAGGGAGUGAGGCGCUGGGGACGUCCGAGGGUCGGCCGUCCAAGGGUGGAGCCUUGGGCAGGGCGCAGUCCUGCCCCGCCCCCUCCUCCACCCGGACAGAGUCCCCGACCCCGCCCGAACGAAGGCUGCGGGAGCCCGGCGGCUGCCAGGGGGACGCGCCCGGAUUGGCGGCCGGGAUUUGGGGCGCCCGCAGGCUGGCUGCCUACGGGGCGCCGGGCCACUUGGCCGGAGACAAGCUGCUGCCGCCUGCUGCCUUCGAGCCGCACGCCGCGCUGCUGGGGCGAGCGGAGGACGCGCUAGCCCGAGGGCUGCCCGGAGGUGGAGGCAGUGCAGGUGGUGGUGGAGCGGGCGGCGGGGGCGCCGCAGGGUUGCUGGCGCCGCUCGGAGGGCUGGCGGCGGCUGGGGCGCACGGGCCGCACUCUGGUGGCGGCGGCCCAGGCGGAGGCAGCGGAGGCCCCGGCGCGGGCACCGCGGCCGAGGAGAUCAACACCAAGGAGGUGGCGCAGCGCAUCACCGCGGAGCUGAAACGCUACAGCAUUCCGCAGGCCAUCUUCGCGCAGCGCAUACUGUGCCGCUCUCAGGGCACGCUCUCCGACCUGCUGCGCAACCCCAAGCCGUGGAGCAAGCUCAAGUCUGGCCGGGAGACCUUCCGCAGGAUGUGGAAGUGGCUACAGGAGCCGGAGUUCCAGCGCAUGUCGGCGCUGCGCCUCGCAGCCUGCAAGCGCAAGGAGCAGGAGCAGCAGAAGGAGCGCGCGCUGCAGCCCAAGAAGCAGCGCCUGGUGUUCACCGACCUGCAGCGGCGCACGCUGAUCGCCAUCUUCAAGGAGAACAAGCGGCCGUCGAAGGAGAUGCAGGUCACCAUCUCGCAGCAGCUCGGCCUGGAGCUCAACACCGUCAGCAACUUCUUCAUGAACGCGCGGCGCCGCUGCAUGAACCGCUGGGCGGAGGAGCCCGGCGCCGCCCCCGGGGGCCCUGCGGGGGCCGCCGCCACCUUCUCCAAGGCCUGAGGCUCCCUCCAGCCCGGGCGCUGCAGCGGUGCCGCGCGCCCCGCCCGGGAGGGACCGCACACCCCAGCCCGAGCGCACAAGGGCCCCCACCCCCACCCUGCCCAGCCGAGGAAGCCCCCCACCCCGAGGGGACGGCGGAAAGGAGCUCCCCGGGCCCCUCACCCAGGACGCCAGGGGCCUCCAGGAAAACCAGGCUCACUGUGUCGUUCCCUAAAGCGGGUCAAGAAGCACAUACUAGAAAUAUAAACCGGGUAUUUAAAAAAGGAAUUUUAAGAAUAACUAACCCUUUCGCCAGACCCCCGACCCACGGAGGAAGGCAGAAGGCCUGCCCGCCUUCCUCCCCAGCGCCUCCUGUCCCCUCCCCAAGAACUCGGCCCCCUGAAGUCGCCAAAACCCCCGUCAAGCUGGGUCCUUGCAGAGCCCCCUCCCCCCACGCCGACCCCCUCCGCUGGCAGGACGGCGCCCUCCUCCGAGAACCGAGCUGCCCUCCCAGCGGCCAGGACUUCUUGUGCCAAGAAUUGCCUGCCUUAAAGCCCGGGGAGGGGGCCUGCGGGCCAGCGCCCUUCCCACCCCCACCCAGACCGCCGGGGUCCAGCUCCAACAUGCGGGUAACUCCCAGACGCCUCCCUCCCCGCCCCCUUGGUUAUUCACUUUAUCUCCAGGCACCUUGACGAGUGGUACCCAGGGAAGGACAGAACCCAGAAACCAGGAGACGGCGCUGGAUUCCACCAGCCCCGGCCCUCGGAGCACCCAGCUGCCCAGGCCUGGGCUGGCUCCUGACCCCUGGAAUUCACCACCCCACCGCACCCCUGCCGCCUGGGGUGCAGAACUCAUCCUGCAGGAGCCUGAGGUGGACUGCGCGAUCGCCGCAGCUCUCCCCGAGGAGAGAAGGACAACUUUGAGGAAGUUGGAAUCUGCUUGCUCCAUUUUUUUGCCAAAAAAGAAAAAAAGAAAAAAAAAUGCAGGGAGGAGGGUGAGAAAUGAAGAUGAGCACCCACCCAUCCUGCUCAUCCUGUCUCCUCUGGGUGACCUCCAGGACUGGCCAGCAGCUGGAUCCCAGGACCCACCCCCCUGGGGUUCCAGAUCCAGAAGCCAACCACCGGUCCCCUGGCCCCACCUGUGGGCUGCCUCCCAGGGAGGGCCCCCAUUUCCCCUGGAGAACGCAAGAGACAUUUCCAAUGAACCCCCCCUAGGUAAAGGCUACCUCACUCAACCUUCAAUCUGUGAUUGGAAAAAUCACGCCUGAUACCAAAGAUUCCCCCAAGGACUUGUGCUGGAUGCUAGGGUCCCCCGCAGCCAGGGGCUGCCCUGCCCCCAGAGAGCGAGAGAACGAGGGAGAGAGGACAGCGAGGUCGAUGAGUGCCUUUUUCUUGAACCAAAGAUGUGUGUGGAGUGUCCUCUGUCCUUAUCGACACGCUGUGCUCCCAGCUUACUAGCAACCCAUCUGAAGGAUGCUUCUAGAACCUUUGGGUGUUGGGGCAGAAUCCCCAAAGUGAAAACUCCCCAUAUCCCCACUCACAAGGACAUACACAGACAUGCACAAACUCACACUGACACACACACACUGCCUCCUAUGCCUCAUGGUGGUCCCUGGGCACUGAAUGCCAUUCUGGGGGAGCACAGGCUCCCCACUAAGACCUGGGCCCCCUUUACCCCUUUCACCCCCCAAUUUCUGAUGGGCAGGUCUAGAGCUCCCUCCCCAGGCCUGGCCGCCUGGGGGUCCUCCGAGUCCCACAGGCCCAGGGCUGGCAAAACCCUUUUCAUUGCUCUUAAGAUCAGAAGCAAACUUUUAAGUUUUGCCAAGUGAGCGUGUCCCUCCCAGGCAGUGACCUGCCCAAGGGCAAGCCCUUCUGAGAACGCAGGGACUGGUGGCUCCUGCCUUCCUACCCCAGGGCCAGGGCCAGGGGCUUCCUGUGUCCUGUGGAAGGGGAGGCCUUGCCCAGAGGCGGUCCUCGAUGUGGAUCUUCUAGCCUGGACUUCCCUGAUCAGGUCAGGUGAAGCCUCCUCAAAGCACCUGGGGCUCCUGGAUCUCUUUUUCUCAGCAGUGGGGAAGGAGUCCAGAGCCUGGUGCCUGCUACGCAAGCCCUGGCCACUGCAUUGCACCCCCAGUCCCCAUGGACACACACACACACACACCACGCCCACACUGGCUCUUGUGCCCUGCCUGAGCUCGGCCAGCCCCUUUGCCGGGCCUGGACCCCAAAUGUCUCCUACACCCACCUGAUCAUCCCAUACCAAAGAUCAUUUUCCUUACAGGGAACCCGAUCUCCAGCACAAUUCCUUCAAGCCUUUGACAAUUUUCUCUGAAAUACCUCAAAAUAUUUAAUGUAUAGUUUAUGUGAUAAAAAAAAAAUCCUUAGCUAGUUUUUGGAAAACGUGACUUGAAGCUUUAUACCGUUAAAUUAUAAUUUUGCAGACGAUGGCAUGUCGUUUCUUUGGCCCGUUCUGUGGGAGACGUAUUGAAUGUCAGGGCGGUGCAGCCGGUGGUCAGAGGGCGGGAGGGCAGGGCUGUGAGGCAGGGACCGGCGGUUGACAGACGCUCACCGAGAUGAGUCUUUGGGAAAGAGAGAGGGUGUGCCAGGUGUACCUUUCUGAUCUCUGGCUUGUUCUGUUUCUCGUUUUUUGGAGUCAUGUCUUAUAAGAGUAUUUAUUAUUCUGUGUGUUCUGUGUUCAAAUGUAAUUUAAGAAAAAAGAGGAAGAAAAAAGAAAAAAAAGACAAAAUGGAGUUUGAUUUGAUGCAUGGCUAAUGUUACUCUUUCUUGGCGAUAAUGUAAUGAGCGGGGGGUGGGGGGCCGCAGCCGGGGUCACGUCCAUCUUUGUAUCCACGCCGCCAUCUUUGCUCUGUGUUUCUGUUCCCCUUCUGAGGAGCCCCAGGGAGAGGAAAGAAGGUCCCAGAGCCAGCAGGGCUGGCCCUCGCGCCGCCCGCCUGCCCACCCGCAGGCCUUGGGUGCCCCUGGGUGUCAGCCCCCAUCUUGCCCCCAGACCCCCCACCCAGCUGGUUUCACUUCCCUUGCAUUUCCCAAUGUCUUGUCACAGGAGAAGACCAUCAAGUGCGGCCUCGUCACCCAGGGUGGGGGCUGGGUGCUCCCCAUCUCCCCAGAGCCACAGGGCGCGAUACCCCCACUCCACCAGACACUCAGCCUCCCUGGCCCUGGGUUGGACGGGAGCCCAUCCCCUAGCCCACUCGGGGAUCUGGAGGACCAGGAACGAUGGCUCUGGGACCAUGUCCCUCUGCCUGUGACUCGGCUACUACCUCGGGGCCAGGGGGCCAGGCUGCACUCCUGGGCGUGGCUGCACAGACCCUGCAGGACCGAAGGCCUCCUCUGCCCUGGAGAGGUGGGGUGGGGGCUCCUGGCCAUUCUCCUUCUCAGCCCCAAGUGGUUUGACCAAAAUCAGGACCCCAGGGCACGGGGCUGCUCCUGGGGACCCCAUCAGCCCCUCAAGAGCUGUUUUUGGAGGGGUGCCUCAGCUGUGGGGGGAAGGAGGCCCCCAGAGCUUUUAAUCAGGUUGGAAGGGGCUGCUGACAGGGGAGACCCUAUUCAGAUCAUCCAGCGUCCCCUCUCCCCCAGUGCGGGAGGGACAGCAGCCCUCUCUACCCCCACCCUCAGCCACAGGCUUACAAGUCAAAAAACAAAAACAAAAAACCCUCCUCAUUGUGAACCAUUCUUGUGCUGGGUUUGUUUUGGUUUUUUCCUUCAAUAAAUUAUUUUCUAGUCACUCA